CAACAACGAGACAUUCACUCCUACAAUCUAGACAAAAACACAACUGAGAACAUGGAGACAAUACAUGAUCGCAUUUGACGAAGGAUAUCUAAAAAUGGCACAGACUUGCCGGAAAAUGAAGCGACAGCUCAACAACAACGCUCAUCUGUCACUGACAAAUACGCGAAAUCUCUUGGUUUUCGACGAGGAAUACCAAAAUACGUGAUUUUUAAAACGAACGUUAGCGCCGUAAAGCCGUAAAGAAGGAGAGAGAGAGAAAAUGGCCACGAUUGUCGGUUCCGAGACGAGUUCUGAACGGACGGCGAUGGAGAAGUUCGACAGCGGAGGAGGGAUGGCGCUUCUGCCUUGGACCAAACAAUUACUCACCGUGUUGUGGGAACAGCUUCGACUGCUGGUUCAGGUCAUUUACUACACCUUCAUGUCAGUUUUCCAGAUGUUCAGGUUUGAGGUGCAUGUAAGAAUUACAGACGAGACAGGUCAGCACAUCCAACACAUGACCACGGCAGCAAACCCAACCGAGUCCUUCCUGUUCUCCUCGCUGUUUGACGGAGACAACGGAGUCAUGGUCGGCGGCUCAAAUCCCCUCUCCAACUUCUGUGCUGACGUCGGUGACCCCUUCAACGGGAAAUCCACCGCUGAGGCCCUUCUGUCCACUCUACGCGCUGACGACCUGUGCUGCGGACUAGUGGACGACUUUGUGGCGAGAACUGCUGGCAAAGACGACGGCAUCUUUCUGGGACACCAAUCCGGCUGGAAUAUGGGCUUCCCCGGCGACUGGAACAUCUUUGUGUCAAGCAGCGACUGCUCUAGUUCAAACGACAGCUGUCACAAGAGCGGCGAGAAAGUCUUCAAACAGGAUAUUUCGAAAGAGAAAGUUUUCAAACAGGACACUUCAGAAGAGGAAAGAAGCUGUCACUGGAGUAGCGAGGAAGAUCAGAACGUGGUAGAAUUCGACAGCGAGGAAAGUAAGGCGCUUUGGGAGUCCCUGUCGAAAUCUAGCGAUCCUUACAACCCCUUCUUUUUCUCUGCCUGCAUAUCAACAAACACAAACAUGGGAAAAAGUAAAAGCGAAGCGCGAAGGGACAGCAGCGAUACUGACCUCAUGUCAGUGAGCAAGGCCAGCGAGGAGCCGUUGGGGCCUCGAGGCCUCAACAUCUGGGUCAGUCGCUCUGACAGCGAGAGCAGCUGGAGCAGCUGGGCCAGUUCGGAUGGAUCGAGCCCAGACAUCGACAGGGAGGAGAGCGAGAGGCUUUUGGACUUCUUCAAAUGUCCCGAUGACCCCUACAAUCCCAUGUGUUUCACUGCAUGCACAGUCAGUAGCAACUCUCAAUCCACCACAAAACAACAAGCCUCACUUCCCGCACCUCCCUCCAAGUCGGACACUGACACCGAGGAGAAGGAGAGCAGCUUCCCUCCUUCUUCAUCUGAGGAUGACGAAGAGGAGCAGCUGUGGAAGUCCCUCUGCCAGAAGGACGACCCGUACCACCCACUCAACUUUCAGGCCCGUCUCCACAGCUCCCCGACUACCAAGCUCCCGUCUGGAGAAGAUCCAGAUGUCCCUGAUGUCUGCCUCACACAGAGUCCACCCAAAAAGGAGAAGAAAUGUGAAAAAGAGCCAACAACACCCCGAAGAUCCAGAGCCAGCAAAACCGCUCUGCCAGAGAGGCAGUUAAAGCAUCAUUCCCACCCAGACAAAAUAGUAGUACCCUGGAAACGACCUGGGCAAACAUCUCGGUCAGCUCCAGAGGAGAAGAAGGAAAGCAAGGCCAGCACCACCCAGAAAAAGGUGCGAUUUUCUCCUCUUGUCCAAGUCCACGUCAUGCAGACCUGGCCGUUUGCCCGACAGGCGUCUCGCAAGGGACCCUGGGAAGAAAUGGCACGGGAUCGCGAUCGUUUCCGGAGGCGGAUCCAGGAAACGGAGCAGGCCAUCGGCCACUGCUUCAGCCAGGCUCACAGAGAGAAGAUCCAGGCGUACCUGGACGGUGCCUUGAAAUAAAUCAAAGCCCUGAACACUGAAUGUUUUAUUUCCUUUUCGGAUGAGGACUCGUGAUUGGUUGCAAUGCAACAGUGAUUUUUGAUUUAGGCCAAUUAGAAAUUUGAUGUUAGGCCAACUUUAAUGUUUGGUGUCAAGUUGAACAACCUUGUACCUCAAAAGGUUUUAUACAUUGUGUGACUGUUGCACUGACUGACACUUUGUCAUAUUAACCUCAACAUUAAUGUUUGGAAUGUUGUUUUUUGUAUGCCUUAUAUGCUGACCUAGUAAUGUAACUUAUUUAUGCCCUAUGGAGCUUGUCUUUUAUUUUUUACUGGUGGUUUUAACUGUUUGUACAUGUUUUUAUGUGUCUGAGCAAAUCCCAGUGGUGAAUCUAGAAGUGACCAGUAGAUCAUGAUGAUAUCAUCAGAGAGCAGAGCUUUACAGUACGAAGUGUUUUGAAGAGUUUUAUUUAAGCACGAUGGAUACCUACGAAGUUCUGGUGCAGUUCUUGUCUUACUGUUCAAAUAUUUUAGUUCUUAAUUUUUUUUGCCUUGUAUUUUGUUGUAUUUUGGCACAUAAUAGCAGCCUUUUUAGCACUGAGUGUGACGAUGGAUGUCUUUGAUAUUAUUAUUAUUAUUAUAUUGUCUGAAAUGAUUCAAACACUUUGUCCCAUGUGACUCACUCAGCUUCUCAUGAUAACAUCAUGUAGCUGAAAAUAUGUCAAAAAGUUGUAGCACAUUUGUCAUUAGGUGCUUUGUUGAAUAAAUAAAAAUUGUUUUAUUA